CCUGGAUUCAGCUCUUUGUUCUUCUCGAACCCCCAUGUUAAAAGUUAUCUGCGUCGCUCUUCUGGUCAUCGGUGCUAUGAUCAAGGGUGAAGGCUACGAUGGUGAACAACAUCCUCUAUGCUUUGCCGGAGAAUGCCCGCUCCUUACGUGUAUCAGGCCGAUAGGGGUAUGCCUUACAAAGCAAACAGUUCAUUGUAAAUGUAUCAAGUCAUGAAUAUCACUUACGGGAUGGUUCUACUCGUUCCCACUUCUUAGCUCGCCCAAUGUGAGCACUAUUGUCUCUGCCAUACCACCAGCUGAGGAUGCUAUGGGGACUGCCAGGUACCAUUUGGUUCGUUAUAAAUCAUCGGCUCAUCAUCGUGACCUGGCGGUAUUUCUCAUAGCUAUCUUGUACCUUGCGAGCAUGAGGCUCACUUCUCCCAUCACUCGAUUGAUCGAGCUUGAGUCGAUCACGAGCGAUAGUUUGCAGUGGUCUUCAACACGAGAUAGUGGCUGAGACAAACUUUUCUCUGCUUUAUUUCCAACACGCGGCGGAUGACUAUUGAUCGUACCGUGGUGAUGUAGGGCACACCACCUCGCCACCUUGCUGUGAUGAUGAUCGCUCGAGGCUUGGGAAGUCUGCUAUAGUUGUCACUUAUCAGACGAGGACUCAUCAUUAAUCCAGUCCACUUUUCUCUUUCGUAUGCUCAUUAUCAGACUUUUGGGGACUAUUAACAAGACAUGUUGGUUACGCGUCCGAACCGGACGCGUAUAUCAGAAUGUUGGACGGUCCGAUAUUCGAGUCUUAUCUGUGAGUAUAACGCGAAGUCCGUAUUUUGGUGGUCCACACAAUUCGAGGAUCUUACGUACUUCACGGGUUAUUGUUUGGGUGUUAAUUCUCUGUCUAUUUCGUCGCUAUAAUCCGAUAUGGAUACNNNNUUCCGUCAGGCAGUGAAGGAGCGAUUCGGUAUCAUGUAUCAUAGGACCAAGAAUAGAUGGUUCUAUUACCCAGCUCAAGGAUGUACACGGACCAAAGCUUGUCGCAAAAAAGGGGUCCUCAGUGCGCUGAGAAUCAUCUGUGAGCAACAAGCUGAGAUAGAAGGCACUACUACUGCUGCUGGAGGCCGAAAGCGGAAAUUGCAAGGCGGCCAUCGGGUCAAACAUCUCAAAAAGCUGCGCCUCUCGAGGACCAUUGGCUCGGAAGCAGGUGAGGAGGGAAGGCCUCCGAAUCUGCCGGACGGUAGAGUGCCAAAGCCUCGGAGGUUUGGAAAGACAGUUGCAGUCGGCUCACGGUCAGCGGACCUUGAUCGUAUCGCGGUUUUGAGGGCGGAAGUAGAGAGCUGGAAAGACAAGGCGAUAACGAUGGAGAAGGAGCGGGAAGCAGUCGUGGAAGAGCUCGGACGCGUUCGAAAGGAUAACGAAGAGAAGCUAACGUUGAGGGGAGAGUUGAAGACUCUGCAGGGGGUGACAAAUGCUCUACAAGAAAUGGUAUCGGCCGCUAAGGAGUUCGGGAUUGUAGGAGACGGUGCUGGUCGAAUCUCGGCCUCAGAGAGGACAUGCCAGGCGCCUCUGAGAGGUGUGAGCUCUCUUCUUGCUGAGAGCACUUCAUGGGAGGGGACGGUCGAGAUGACUAGCCUGGUGGAGGACGACGAAUAUGAUAAUAUGCCGACUCCAGCGGACACGUUCGGAGUUCUGGAAUGAUGCUUACUCUCAACCCUCCGCUAUCAACUCCA